AUGACGCUCCCGGUUGUGGUUCCGGCUAAAGAGUAUCGAGAAUAUUCAUCCGGAUGUGGCAUCUUUUCAUUCGUACAUAAUGAAAACCCGAAUGAUGGCGGAGAAGACCCGGAUGAAGAAGCUACACCCAAACACGGUCGAGUAGAAAAUCCGGUUUGGGAAAAGGUUGCACAUUCAAACUUGCCUUCACAUUUCAUCGGAAUCUCGCACAUAGGCGAUAAUAUUCAAGACAAAUGGUUCAUAGUAUCGCGGCUGUUUCUUCUGACGCGUUCCGGGUUGGGAACAAAAGUGCCUGAUUUUUAUGGUGAGUUUUUGCUGAUCAAAGCAGUCGAAAAUCUGCCUCGGACAGAUCCGGAAAGCUGUGAGGGGCUAGUUUUCAUCGAGGAUGCUCAACACGCACUCACUUCUUCGCUGUCACAUCAACACGCGUUGACGGCGGAAAACUUCCGGGCCCUGUGCACCGGAGAGCGGGGCCAUUCGACCACGACCGGGGCCCGGUUGCACUAUCGGGGCAGCAAGUUCCACAAGGUUAAAUCGCUGUUUAUGUCCCAGGGAGGGGACAUCGUCAACUACAACGGUUCCGGCGGGGAAAGCAUCUAUGGGCGAUUCUUCGAGGAUGAGAAUUUUUCCCUUUUGCAUGAAGAUGGAGCAGUAAGCAUGGCCAAUUUGGGCAGACCAAAUACAAAUCAGUCUCAGUUUUUCAUUACCUCCGGGGAGUGUCCCCAUCUGAACGGUACCAAUGUGGUCGUCGGCUACGUUAUUCGCGGAAUCGGAGUUAUCGGAGAAAUGGAACGUUUUGCCAGCGAAGAGGGCGAGCCAACUAGGGAGAUUGUGAUUGCAGACUGCGGCCAGUUGAUGCCCGGACAAGAUUGGGGUUUGAACGAUAACGAUGGGACUGGAGAUUGUUUACCGUUAUUUCCGAAGGACUGGGAGAAAUUUGAGGCGGACUUUGAUGUAACGGAAAUGCUCUCUCGCUUGGAAAUGAUUAAAGCGGCAGGAAAUCAAUACUUCGCUCAACGGAAUUGGGUCGAAGCCUGCCGACGGUAUCGAAAAGCCGAACGAUACUUUAACUUUUUCAACAACAAAAUUCGUCGCUAUGAAGAUCGCACUCUUCUGGAGCAGUUUCAGCUGACCAAUUGCCUGAAUCAGGCGGCCGUUUUUCUCAAGUUGAACGACUCCACGGCUGUGCUAUUUGCCUGCAACGCUGCCUUGGCCCUGGAUCCGGAUAAUGUGAAGGCAUUGUUUCGACGCGGUCAGGCCCACAAUCGUCUGCAGAACUACGAGCUGGCCAUUGAUGAUUUACGCCGGGUCCAAGCAAAGGCUCCAACCGAUAGGCUCGUCCAAGCUGAGCUCGACAAAGCCAAGACCGAUUUAGGAUGUUACCGGGCUCAGCAGCGGAUUGCUCUCACUAAUUUGUUCAAAUAAUCCACCCGUGACCCGUGAUUUAUUCAACUUUUUCCCCAAAGUAUAAGUAAUUAGACAUAUUAUGUCUAAAUGUGUUGUGCAGUCAUUGUUUAAGCAUCACUACCCGCCGACCGGUUUGGCAGUGAUGCAGCAGCAGGCUGCAGUUCGUAAGUGCUGCAGCGAUGGAACAUACGGAAGCUGUUCCUGCAAACAUCCGCGGAAGGUUUGUUUUUUUUUUAAAUU